GUCACAGAUGGGUCAGGAUUGGUAGUGGGUUGAUGGUUGGUUGUUGGAGCUGGGUGAUGGCUACAUGUGGGCUCACUGUAUUAUUCAGUCUACUUUUGUAUAUGUUCAAAAUUAUUGGGGUAAAAAGUAAAAAGAAAAACAAAAAACAAAAACCCAAAUAUGAUCAUAUCCUUCUGCUUAAAAAUCUUCAAUGACUUUUCAGGCUAAAGUUCAAACUCAUAUGACAAACUUGAUUUUUCUUAUCUGACCCUGACUCCAUUCUUGCCAUUCAUCUUUUCAUCCCCUGUAUCCAGCUAUACUGGUUUUGUCCUUCCUUGAAUUCACAACACUCCUUGGUGUCUCUGGGCCUUUGUAUAUGCCGUUCUUGCCGGGAGUGCCCUCCCUGCUUCUUUGCUUCUCCUAGCCCUUCCAUGCUUAGGUCAGGUAUCACCCUCUCCAAGAAGCCUCCCCUGAAGAAAGGGGGCACAUUUUUCUCAUAUUGUAUGGUAGUUGUCUGUUUCUCUUCAUGGGAUCUCUACAUGUGCUUGGUACUCAAUAAAUGCUUCUUGAAUAAAUGGUUAAAUUCCCAGCACCCUGCAUGGUGCUUAACAUGUACUCAAUAAAUGUUUAUUAAAUAAAUAUACUCAAUAAAUGUUUAUUGAAUAAAUUUUUGUUGAAUGCAUAUGAAUUAUUGUGUUUUUGCUUGCUCAUAGGUGUAGGAAGCUUGUUCCCCAUGACCUUGAGGUGGGGGUGGUAGUUUUUUGGUAGAAUAGGCUGCCUGGGUAUCAGGGAGAGCUGGGGAAUUAUCUGAACUAUUUUCUCCCAGCUUUUGUUUCUUCUCUGCAGGCAUGGGUUGGAAUUGGAGCCUAUCGCCCCACCUGAUUGCAACCAGCAUCAUGUGGUUGCCAACUGUUCUUCAUUCAUCAAUUGAUGCCGCCCAGAAAAAAACGCCACCAACGAUCCCAGAAAGCCCCGCUGCUAUUCCAGCAACAACCACUGGAGGGCCCCAAACACCGCUCUGGAUCCCCACAGCGCCCCAUCACCCGCACUAGACGGGUGCCCAGUAAGCCCAUUGACCACAACACCAUCACUUCCUGGGUAUUGCCUCAGUUUGACGUGACAGCAGAAAGCUGGUACCCAGUCAACCAGAAACGUCAUCACCGAGACCAUGCAAGACCGAUUCGAAAAUCUGCCACUGCCAAGUUUCCCCACCUAACCUUUGAGACUCCACAGUCUUCUAGUUCAGUGACACUGGGGAUCCCCUUAAUCAAGGAAUGCCCCAAACAACUGGAAAAGGACAUUUCUGUAAGGCCCCUGGUUCCUAUGCUCAGUCCCCAAAGCAGUGGGGAACUGUCAAUGCAUACACUUCAAAGCCCAGCUUAUAUUUUCAUUCCACCUGAUAUCCAGACCGCAGAGUCAUCUAUGAAAGAAGAAUCCAUUCAUUCAGAUCAGAGGAAAAACACCCUUCCAAGCUGCUCGGUUUACACUAGUACUCCCAAGAGUGCAGGGCCUGGGCCUGCUCUGGUUAAAGACACUCCUGAAGAGAAGUAUGGCAUAAAGGUCACCUGGAGGAGACGGAAACACCUGUUUGCGUACCUCAAGGAGAGGGGGAAGCUGAACAAAAGCCAGUUCCUUGUGAAGAACUGACUUGAUUUCUCAGACAUCAGCCUCUCUCUUUAUUAAGAAACUCAAGAAAUUGCUGGUUUUCAUAGAGUUGCUAAAGUCAGUUUUCUGGCUCACAGGAGAGUACAUCAAUAGAAUAAAAUGGAAAUAACACCAAAUAAAAAAGGUACUUUUAACUAGAGCCCUGGAGCUUAAAGGGAAUUGAAUUCCCUGAUUUGCUUUUUAAAAUACCUCAUGUCAUAAACAGUUGGGUUUAGUGCUAUAAACAGUUCACUUCAUA